AACGGCAUAUAUACUACAAAGAGAAAGAUAGAAAGCUGCACAUCAUGGGGGAUGUAGGCGACCUCAAAGAGGAAGAAAUGAAAAAGAAAGACAGUAGAAAGUCGAGUGCAACGAGCUCGAACUCUGACAUUGACGUUUAUCAUUAUGCAGACGAAGAAGAAAAAUUAUCCUGUGGGGAACAGUGGCGUCGUUACCCGAAACAUGUUUUAUUCAUUGUUGGAAUGGAAUUUUGUGAAAGAUUUUCAUAUUAUGGAAUGAGAUCUGUUUUACUUCUGUACUUGAGAAAUUAUUUGAAAUUUGACGACGAUACGGCAACUGCUGUUUAUCACGCAUUCACGGUACUUGCAUACUUUACUCCGGUUAUUGGGGCUAUCAUUGCUGAUUCGUACUGGGGAAAGUAUAAAACGAUUAUACUUCUGUCCAUUGUCUACAUAUUUGGUCACAUCAUUAAAACAAUUGGAUCCAUACCAUUUAUUCCUUCUGCGACCGCCCAUGUUGUACUAUCCAUGCUUGGAUUAUUCUUCAUUGCAUGUGGAACUGGUGGGAUAAAACCGUGUGUAUCGUCCUUCGGUGGUGACCAAUUCAAACCAGAACAGACCGUCGUGCGAAAACAGUUUUUCUCGCUGUUUUACUUCGCAAUCAACGCUGGAAGUUUGAUAUCGACAUUUGUGACUCCUAUACUAAGGGCUGAUGUUGAUUGUUAUCCCAAUCAGACAGAUCCAAUAUUCGACGAAUGCUACGCACUUGCCUUUGGAGUUCCAGCAGCACUCAUGUGUGUCGCCCUCAUUCUCUUCGUUGCCGGUUCGAAAUGGUACACAAAAAAUCCACCAGAAGGAAGCGUAUUCUGGAGAUUUUGUCAUUGCAUUGGAUCAGGUAUAAAACACUGGUACAAAACUCCGAAAAAAGAAAGGACCAAGGAACACUGGCUUGAUAAUGCAAAGGCAGACGAGAAAAUGAUCAGAGACACAAAAUACGUUCUUCGAGUUUUCAUUCUCUUCAUUCCUCUUCCGUUUUUCUGGGCGUUAUUCGACCAACAAGGUUCACGUUGGACACUCCAGUGCAUUGAAUUAGACGGGCAUUUGGGUAACAUACAUCUAAAGCCAGAUCAAAUUGAAACCCUCAACCCAAUCUUCAUCGUGACGUUGAUUCCUUUAUUCGAAGUUACUUUGUAUCCUUUCCUAAGAUAUUUAAAACUCGACUUCACUCCUCUGAAGAGAAUGACACUCGGAUUAUUUCUUGCUGGAGUUUCUUUUAUUCUUGCCGCUAUACUGCAAAUUGAAAUUGAGAAACGAAUUACGCCGUUGCCAGGGCGGGGAGAAUAUGCUAUUCGCAUAUUAAAUGAAGCUAAUUGCGACCUGCAAAUUGGAACAAAUGACUCGAAACUUACUUUUAAUGUUAAUAGUGGCAAUAUCAGUGAUUCGCAGAAUUUCCAAUUCAUUAAUGUAAAUCAAUUUCCUGAGAUAACAUUGACGUAUGAAUCUUGUACGGGAAACGAGAAAACAAAAAAUAUAAAACCUACUGCAGAAACCGUGUAUGAUGUAUUAUUUCGCGGAGAUGCAGAUGAAGACGAUUACGUUACCUCCGAAGAAAUGAUAAUUGACAAAUCUGAAGAUGGUGGCGGUAAAUUUUCGUUUGUAAAUGCCCGGAUUGGUCAAAAUCUAACGGUUCAUAUUACUGAUGGAGAUCCCAAAGUAGUUCACAUGGAGGGAGGAGAAAAAUCAGAGGAAAUUUUAGUGGAUAUUGGAAAUACGAACUUUGAAGUGCAAGAUUCAGAUAAAAAUAGCCUUUUUAGCGGUUCGAUCGAUGUCGAAGUUGGAGCUGUUUAUACUAUUGUGUUAAACGACACUUCUUAUUAUACGAGAUUAGAUUUGAAUCCAAGUUCCCUCAGCGUCGCCUGGAUAUUUCCACAGUUUUUCAUUAUAACAGUUGGUGAAGUAUUUCUUUCUGUUACUGGACUGGAAUUCUCGUAUACUCAGGCACCACCCAGCAUGAAAUCUGUUGUAACGAGUAUUUGGUUGCUGACUGUAUCAUUUGGGAACAUUAUCGUUCUUAUUAUUACCGGAGUACAAGGAAUAGAAUCCCAAGUUGGCGAAUUUUUACUUUUUGCGGGACUUAUUUUUGUAGCCAUGAUUGUGUUCAUCAUAUUGGCUUAUUUUUACGUUCCAGUUGAUGAAGAUGAAUUUGAAGAGGAAAUGAUGGAGGAGCAUCGGAGAAAAGCCCGUCUUGAAGCCGGUGAUCCACCCGAUGAAAAAUCACUAUCAUCUUUAGAUUCGAAGGGAAAAACUGAAAAUGUGUACGAGAAUAUUGCUUUCAGCCCUGGAAAUGAUGACUUUGCAAAUGAUAACCACUAUGUUACUGAGCUUUAGAUAGGAUAAAUUUAGAGAUAAAAGUGUUAACAUACUGGGAAAGUGUUAAAAUAAAAAUAAAACGAUGUUUUAAGAUUAUUCAUUGCCUUUUAUAAUAACUUAAUGAUGAGUACAUAGAAACAAUGACCUUAUUUUAAAGCAUCGUACUAUUCUAAAUUAUGUGCAACAAAUAAUUUUUGGGUUUCGAUAUUCUUCGAAAAAUCAAUCAAUUUAAACUUAUAAAUAAAAAUAUCCAAAUUAUCUUAACAAUACAUUUAAACGCUUUAGUUGGAAUAUUCGGAGAAGCCUAAACAGAAAAGUUUUUAUACCUAUAUCAUAAAAUUCUAGAAUAAACACACUUACUCGUUAACUCAUUUAGCGGGAAUUAUUUGCAUAUGACAUAUUAACCUAAAAAUGUAAUAUUCAAUAUAAUCUUGACAUAAGACAGAUAAUGGUAGUUGUACCAAACACUCUUAAAACAAGCAUUUGAUCCCAAUAUCGUUUUUACAUUCAACAAAUAAUAAACUUAAGAAGAAUCACAAUCUCGACUAAUCGGUCGAGUUUCUGCUUGUUCCCAAAAUUCGCCAGUAAUCCAUGCGGACAAGCGUUUUAGUUAUUUUAUGAAUCGACCCACUGCUGAUAUAUCUUGUUUAUCAUCGGGGCGGUUUAUCAUCAUCGAAUUUCCCACUUAACUGUGUAUAUUAUUCUCAACAUUUUCAGCUUCUAUAUUUAGUUUUAAUUCUAAUAAUUUUUCUAAGUGCAUUCUUAUCAUCUUUUGAAUUGAAAUUAUGUGAUAUAUCAGUGAUUUUGAAAUACAUACUUAAAUUAAAACAAUUCUUGUAGGCCA